UUCGGUCACAUGAAUUUUCUGGAUGGUUAGUUUUACAAAACCCUCCUCCCGGUAAUGCUUGGGAUUCUGGCUAUAGCAAUUUGGUUGACCUAAUGCCCGUUUAUUUCUGUGUCUAACCAUCUGCCAGUUCCGAUCCUAGCCUUCGCAGGGAAGAGGGGGAGCCCUAACCAUUUUAGUCACAAAAUAUUUUGUUUUUGCAAAGAAUCCUCUUGUUCGUGAGUCCGAGAAGCAGCCAUACCAGGUAUCUCGACCCGAAAGUUGUUAGCCAGAACAAAGAACUGGUUAGCGAAGCCCCAUUGGGUACCCAGCGGUGGUCUUGAAAAAGUGGUUAUCGAUGCUCUGCUUUGGUCUUUCACUCUUGAAAAAGUGGGACUGGCGCAUGUCUUCCAAAUCAUCCAAGUAGGUACUAACGUGAUAAAUUGGAAAAUUUUCAAAUGAAAUGGCGAAGAAGCCUGCCUACUGCAACAACAAGGAGCAGGAUUCUCCUGCGGUGCGCGUCUACACUGUCUGUGAUGAAUCGAGAUAUUUAAUAGUCAGAAAUGUUCCGGCAUUGGGAUGUGUUGAUGAACUUAUAAAAUUGUUUGGGCUCUAUGGACCUAUUGAAGAGUACAGGCUAUUGGAUGAGGAAGAAUGUGAACCUUUUACUGAUGUCAUUUUGAUCAAAUUUAUAUAUAUUGGCAAUGCAAGGUUUGCAAAGAGGAAGCUUGAUGAGCACUCAUUCUUUGGAAAUCUGCUGCAUGUGACUUAUGCUCCUGAAUAUGAAACUCUUCUAGAUACAAAAGACAAGCUGGAGGAACGGCGCCAUACAGUUCGUAGUAGAUUAAAUCCCAGUAAACAGAGAGGCACAAUUCCCCAAGCUGUUAGCAGUCCAGUAGAGCCAGAUGCUCUUCCAGAACCAUCAUCUCUACCUGGUACUGUUUGGAAGUACCCUAAAUUUCCUUUGGAACAAGUAGCUAUGAAAGCAGAGGAAACUGAUUAUUCAGCUUCUGGGAUAUCACAAUGCCAAGACAAAGCCUCAGCAGGCAGCAUGCUGACAGCACAGUACUUCUCAUCAUCCUCCAUGAAUGCAACAGUUCAAUCUGUCCGUGAUAAUCUUGACAGAAUUUCCAAUGUGUCUCUCCCAAGCCAAUCCAGGGAUAUAGAGCAGUCACUGGGUAAAAGACAAAUUCAUGGCAGCCCUGAAACAAAUUCAUCUUUGAAGAAGACACGACAUGACAACAGGAGAAGGAUAUGAAGCUGGAAUUUUUUAUGGGAAGCAUGGAGGAGAAUCCUCAGAUUUCUUAUUUGUAGUCUUCAUUGUUUCCAAUUAGCUGAAUAUCCAUCUCAGAAGCAUGAAGUAUAUCUGUUAUGGUUAUUUGAAAGGCUAUGAAAAUUGGAAGCAUCAUUUGCACUAUCUGUUGAUGAAAGGGCUUUAAAGUAGAUGUAAAAUCAUAGGGCCUAACAUGAUUAGUACCAUGAAUGAUGGCUAAUCUCUGAGGCUCUGCCUUUGUCAAAUUAGAAUAUAGGAAUGGUAUGCUGUCAAUUUUAUAUAAGUACAUGAAGUAUUUCUUUUAUCACCUUGCUAGUAUUGUUGCGAGUUGCUUAGUUGGAUGACAAAUUUCUGGAAUGUGCAAGAGAAAGGAAAUUACUGCUGAAUUAUAGAAAUUCUAUAUUUUAGUUC